CGUGUCCCAGCGCCCAACGAUGACGUGUUCUUCCAGCGCCCCGUCGUGAGGAAGUGUCGGUCCCCUCGAGCUGUUGAAAGGUGCCGGCGGAGCCUGUCAAGGUUACCUGGUUGGUGACUAAUUGUUCUGUGCUGCUUCUGCUGAGGCAAGAACUAUGUCAUGGAUCAAGGAAGGAGAGCUGUCGUUUUGGGAGCGGUUCUGUGCCAACAUCAUAAAGGCAGGCCCAAUGCCCAAACACAUUGCGUUUAUAAUGGAUGGGAACCGUCGCUAUGCCAAGAAGUGCCAAGUGGAGAGGCAAGAGGGUCACUCACAGGGCUUCAACAAACUGGCUGAGACUCUGCGUUGGUGUUUGAACCUGGGCGUCCUAGAGGUGACGGUCUACGCAUUCAGCAUUGAGAACUUCAAACGCUCCAAGAGUGAGGUAGAUGGGCUAAUGGAUCUGGCCCGGCAGAAGUUCAGCCGCUUGAUGGAAGAAAAGGAGAAACUGCAGAAGCAUGGGGUAUGUAUCCGGGUCCUGGGUGAUCUGCAUUUGUUGCCCUUGGAUCUCCAGGAGCUGAUUGCACAGGCUGUGCAGGCCACCAAGAACUACAACAAGUGUUUCCUGAACGUCUGUUUUGCUUACACAUCCCGUCAUGAGAUCAGCAAUGCUGUGAGAGAGAUGGCCUGGGGAGUGGAGCAAGGCCUGCUGGAUCCCAGCGAUGUCUCUGAGUCUCUGCUGGAUAAGUGCCUUUAUACCAACCACUCUCCUCAUCCUGACAUCUUGAUACGGACUUCUGGGGAAGUGAGGCUCAGUGACUUCCUCCUCUGGCAGACCUCCCACUCCUGCUUGGUGUUCCAGCCUGUUCUGUGGCCAGAAUACACGUUUUGGAACCUCUGUGAGGCCAUCCUGCAGUUCCAGAUGAACCAUAGCAUGCUUCAGCAGAAGGCCCGAGACAUGUAUGCAGAGGAUCGGAAGAGGCAGCAGCUGGAGAGGGACCAGGCUGCAGUGACAGAACAGCUGCUGCAAGAGGGGCUCCAGGCCAGUGGGGACGCCCAGCUCCGACGGACACGCUUGCACAAACUCUCAGCCAGACGAGAAGAGCGGGUCCAAGGCUUCCUGCAGGCCUUAGAACUCAAGCGGGCUGACUGGCUGGCACGUCUGGGCACUGCAUCAGCCUGAGUGAGGCUGGCCUCCUGCCACUUUGCCCUGCCCUCUGCCUCCAGGGCCCCACUCCCCUUUCUUUUCUUGGUGAAAGGUACCUCCCUCCUGAUGAUGAAUUGUGUUUCCUUUGCUUGGCAAGGGAGCCCCAGAGGCCAGGUUUGCUGGCCAUAGACAUCUUUGGGCUGCCUGGGACAGUGCCCCUGGAGAGGGUUGAGGGUGAGAGUCUCUCACAAGUACACUAAACCCAAACUCUGAUCCAGGUCAAACUCUGAUCACAAAUAGGUUCAGAGAGCAGAGGGCCCCAGCUCUUCCAUCUUUGCCACCUCUACCUGUACUCCUAGGUGCACUUUCUUUUUCCACCAGCACAUCCUUCAACACAAAGAAUUUCGGGGAAGAGUUCUCCCCAAAACCUUAGCCCUUUACCCAUCCAUCUUAGUCUUCACAAAAGAUGUGGACCCACCUUGGAUCUGCUGGUAAAUAGCUAAUAGGCAGCCAGCGUUAUUUAGGCAAGGAAGGGGAGGGAGAGACAGAAAGAAAAGUUGCCCAUCUGCUGCUCCUCCCCGUUGGCUGUCCACCUGGGAUUUGCUAUUGAAUCUCUACCCCCUCCCACCACACAGUGCUGACUGCUCACUGAAAGCAGCGCCCCCAAUGGUGCGCGGAAGCCAGGCGGGUGAUUACAAUCCAAUUACCUAUUGUCGACUCAGCCCACACAAGCUUUUCUCCUCUUGCAGGGCAUGGGGCCAGGCUCCACUCCCCAGUGAGACCGGUCCCCUCCAUGGCUACAGAGUAACAGAAGACCUAUAGGCCCUGGUGAAUCUAAUCCAGCACAGGCCACCUUCCCUGGAUCACAUCAGGACCAAGAGCACAGAAACAAGCACUUCUCCCAACUGACUGCCUCCUGCCCUCAGCAUCUCGGACUCUGCUUCCCACCUCAACAGCCUUUGAGGCUUUUCUCAGCUUUUGACCUGUCCCCCUAAGUAGACCGUGAGAUGAUUUAUUCCCAGCAUGGCAGAGUCUCAGCUUGUGAGGGCCAAGGUUGCCCAGCAGGGAGAAGAGGGCCAAGUCAAGGGCCGUGUCCUUUUCCUUACCUCUCCCUGCCAGGCCUCGCUGCAGAGCUGCUGAGAGGAUUAGUGCCUUUGAAGAGCUGUCUGAGCAGCUCUGUGCUUCAGGUGCCCCAGAGCAGCAAGCACCAGCGGGUAAUACCAACCAAAGGCUACUCUGUUUAGUCUUCCCGUUUUACUUUCUGCAAACUGUUUCCCAGCACCUCCCUCUAGGGGAGAGGUAGGAUCUUGCAAGCAGUGCUAAGAGCAUAUUCUUUAAAACCUGUAACUUCCCUAUACGCCAGUCUCCUCCCCUUUCUGUGCCUGGAUACCUGGCACAAGAGACCCUUUGGGCAUCUUCCCUGCUCCCAGAAUCAAACAUAAAUGCCCGGCACUGCGAUUGAGAAGCCAAUCAAUGCACCCUUUGGCAAGUCCCCCUCACACACCUGGCACUACCCACUACCAAUCCCUGGCACGGGGUUCCCAGAGAGCAGGUGCUGUACAUUUUCCAGCUUUACAAGGGGGCUGUUGACAGCCUUAAUUAGGGAGGCAUGAAUUAUGCGGCUAUAAUGCAGAGCCCUACAAUUAAGGCGGGAAUGAGGGGCUGGAGGCAGCAAAUGGAAUCUGCCCUGUGAGCAUGGUUGUUGAGUCCUAUCUCCUUUCUGGGUCUGACUUUCCCUACUAUGAUUGGGGUACAGCAAAGGUGAUUAAUGGGGCUGGUAUCUUUGGCCUGAGGUCCUGUAUUCUGGGAAAGGUACACAGUGGGGAGGGGUGAGGAGUGGCUGCCUCUAAGGGGUGGAAAGGAGAAGAGGCGGAGGGAUCGCUGCUGCUCAGGAACAGGGGCUGCAAAUAGUUGAUAUGAACUCACAGUGAUUGCUUUCUACCGGUGUGAUUUGUACAAACCAGCUCAACCCUUGCCUCAAGAAAUUAGGUGAGACCUAUUUAAAUGUCUUCCCACCUGUGAGCCAACCCCCCCCCAGUUGAGGAUAUUUAUCGUGUUGCGUUCUCUCGGGUGUCAAAUAGAAUUUUUAAAAUUCUUAGAUGUAAAACUUGUUUGCGAACAGUGCAACAGAAAAUCAUGUUUUGCUGCAGCAAUUGUCUACCUUCCUCAGGUGCACUUGGCUACCUCCAGUAUCCCUAGCUUUGGGGACGGGGUGGGGGAGCCACUGGAAGAGGCCUUUUUCCAUCGCAACCCCUGUACCUCUACUUGUUUCCUAAUGCCCGGACGCUUUCCUCCACCCUCCUUUUCCCUCGCGCAAGUGAAAGGAAGCCAGCCAGCCUGCCAGUGUGGAAGGAGGGAUUUCGCCAGCUGCGUCUGCAGCGCCCAGGGUUAGAGGCUGCAUCGGGUGGGGGCAGCUGAGCUUCAUGUCUCCGUAGCGGGUAAAGAUUAGAGGGAGGGGAGUGCUAGUAGGCCUUCUUGGCGGCCACUCUCCGUCAUUCGGUGGCGGGGUUCUGAGGUCCAGGAAUACAAGGACCUAGGAGAGCCAUCCACCCGACAGGCUUUGGGGGGGCUUCGUUGGUGUUUGGGGAGGCGGCUGAGCAACGGGUGCUGAAAGGACAGCUCCUACCUGCCCCACUGCACCCGAAAGGCACCUCUGCGUGUAAAGUCUCCCCCUGGAACCCCCACCCCACCUCGAGUGGACCGCCUUCCAGGUGAGGUGCCCGAGAGGCGUCCUCCGAGUGGCAGCCUGGAAGGAUGCACGUCCGGCUGCGCCGAGCUGGCUUCCCCGCUCUUUCCCCACUUCAGCGUCAGCCUUGGCCCUGGGAACUGCAGCCUGUGCCUCCAAGCCGCGCGCUUCCUCCCGCCUCCGGCGGAGAAGGGCAGUGCGGCCAGGCCUAGCAAACCCUUCUGCUGGGGCCCCCAGCGGGAACAGGAAGGAAAGCGGCUGAGAUGCGCCCUAAGUGUCGCAUGGCUUGGAGAAGUGGGUAGCUCGGUUGCAUAAGGUGGAAGGAACUUGGUAGUUUGGAAAAGCCAGCUCUUGGCGGGAGCCGAAACCCAGAGCCCGCCGAGUCGCACCACCCU